AUGCCGCUCCUUGGGAUGCUGAUUGACAACAACAACAACAACAACUUGACCCCCGUAGCGCCACACCAGACCGGCCUGCAGCCUCGAAAGAACUGCUUCAAGCCUUUCGGAUCUGGAGAGCACGGCACAACGGCACCGGUCACCUUCUCCGCCGAGGCCCGCGACGUGAUUACUUGGGUCAUUGUCAAGACUCACUCCCGUGAUCGCGUCCAGUGGGAGGCAGAGACCAAGGACGAGCGCCGCCGCAGAUGCAAACAAAACGCCAUUGACGAAUACUGGGAAUGUGAGUCCGAAUUCAUCGAGAUAAUCAAUGUGACAGACCCAGACGACGCGCGGUUCGAAGUGGAGAUGAUCAAUGUGACAGACCCAGACGACGGGCGGUUCGAAGUCUGCCCAAUGGAACGCCAGAAGCGGGAGUUGCGGACCGAGCACAACACGGAGCUGAACAUGAUGGGGUGGUGGUUUCCAUCGUAA